ACUUUGUUUACGUCCCGCUGGUUAGCUGACAGCUGCGGCGGCGCUUCACUCACACUAACAACGUGUCUGCGUGUCUCUGGUGGAGCCAGGAGGUCCAGCACACUUCACACCGGGUGUUCUGGAUGUGGUGGACGGGUUGUUCUGUUGAAUGAGGGGGACCCGCUAGGUGCCGACAGGAGGAUGAGCUCCAUCACCGGUCGGGUUCUCGCCAUCCCCGCCGCCUCUGUCACCAACUCUGGAGCUUCAUCCUCUAGAGCCUUACAUGUAGAGCUCACAUCCCAACAGAGACGAUUGCGUCAUCUCCGGAGCAUCGCCGCCAGAAACAUUGUGAACAAGAAUGGUUCCCCACUGCUGGACACUUACUUCACCCUCCACCUCUGUAUAGGAGACCGCAUAUCUAGAGAUUUUUACAAGAGUGAAGUCAUACGGGACUCACUGAAUCCAACUUGGCGGAGCCUGGACUUUGGAAUGCUGCCAGACCUCCUGGACACCUCUGUGUCUUGCUUCAUGGUGAGGAUCUGGGGAGGACAGGAGGAACAGUACCAGCUCCUCAUAGAAUGGAAGGUCAACCUGGAUGGCCUCAGAUACACGGGACAGCAGAUUCGAUCCCGAAAUCCAAACGAGAUAAUAUUCGGGCUGAAUGACGGCUACUAUGCAGCUGACUUUGAUCAUAAGGACCAGUCGGAGCGGAAGAAAAACAGUCUGCUUCAGGUCGACCAGAGUUCAGUCAGGAACUCCUACAGUGUUUUCUCUCUGCUCAGGCUCCACACCGCCCAGAGAGCCAUCAAGCAGACCCAGGUGACGGUGCAGAAGAUCGGGAAGGAGAUCGAGGAAAAGCUGAGGACGACGGCGACCUGCACGGAGCGGAAGAAGGAGCGGGAGUGCAUGCAGCUGCGCAUAGCCGUGCUGCGGAGUGAACUGCAGCGGCAGAGGAAGGCACUUGGCAGGGAGAUGGACCUGCGGCAGAAGGAGAGGGCACAGCUUCAGAAGAAAGAGGAAGCGUUCUCCGCCCAGCACGAGUGUCUGAAGGAGGAGAAAGAAUCCUUAACCAAGCUGCAGAAGGAAUGCACUGCCAAGAGAGAGCAGUUCCUGAAGUCCAACGCCCAGCUCACCAUCCGCUGUCGUCAGCUCCUCUCUGAGCUCUCCUACAUCUACCCCAUCGACGUGGCCAAUCAGUCGGAUUAUGUCAUCUGCGGAGUGAAGCUGCCAAACUCCGAAGACUUUCAAGCAAAGGAUGAUGGGAGCCUGGCAGUCGCCCUGGGUUACACGUCGCACCUGGUCCUGAUGAUCUCGUGCUUCCUGCAGAUCCCUCUUCGGUAUCCAGUGAUCCACAAGGGCUCCCGCUCCUCCAUCAAGGACACCAUCACUGACAGACUCACUGAGAAGGAGAGAGAAUUCCCUUUGUACCCCCGAGGAGAGCGCUUUCAUUUUGAAUACGGUGUCUACUUGCUCAACAAGAACAUUGCCCAGCUGAGAUAUCAACAUGGUUUGACCACCCCAGACCUGCAGCAGACACUACCCAACCUGAAGAACUUCCUGGAGCACGGCCUGCUGGUGCGAUGUGACAGACACCAUGUCUCAAGCUCCAUCCCGGUGCCGACCAAGUCUCAGCUCGGUGUGUCUGCUGCCUCUGAGUUAGGCUACCCCAGCCACACCAGCUCCCCAGACCGAGGCCUGAGAAAAAGGGCCAGCUCUGAGGCCGACAAGUACAAGCAAACUCCUCCACCAAGCUACAACACAGCCAUGGGCGAGGAGCAGCCCCCACUCGGCCUCGCUCCGCCCUCGCCCUUGCCUUCACCCAAACACCUAUCCUCCUCCCUCGAUGCUGGCAUGGCCUCACUCAACCUGGCCAAGACUACGGAGUCCAUUGAGGAGGGAGAGCAGAACGAAGAGAAUGAGGAGAGUGGGGAGGCAGCGGUGGAGGUGGAGAGACGAAGAAGCAUCGCCACCGAGAUCAGAGAAGAUAAAGGAGAAGAGACCGAGGAGCGACCGCCCAGCAGCACUGUUGUGCCCAACUGUUCUACAGUGCAGGACAUCGGUGAAGAACCUGCACCAACUAGCGAGCACACGGGCGCCAUGAACGGCUCUCUGGUACCAGGACAAGCGCCUGUCAGCCUGGUCCCAGAGCUGCGCUGCUCUGUGGAGCAAGCCGAGGAGAUCAUGGGCACAGAGGCCACCAGUUUAGGUCUGGGGUUGGGGGUUGGGUUGGGUUUAGGGCUAGCGGAAGAGGCCCGGAUGGAAGACUACCGCUGCAUCCCUGUGGACCAUGCGGUAGCCGUGGAGUGUGACGAGCAGGUGCUGGGAGAGCUGGACGUCGCCGGCUUUGAGGAGUUCUCCAGGCGCAUCUAUGCACUAAACGAGAACAUGUCCAGCUUCCGCAGGCCGCGAAAGAACUCUGACAAGUGAGGUGGGGGACCUGAGUGAAGAGGAAGAACAAAACUUGCACAGGGACUUUGGACGAACACAAGGACGAGGACUUAUCGCAGCAUCAAAAAUCAUAUGAGCUAUUCUGGAAUAACGACCAAUUUGCACUUAUUGUAAACAUUUCCGUAGUAAACUUUUAAAUGAAAUACAAUUAAAAGUGCAAGUAUUGGGACAGUGAGCUUUACUUUUAUGACGGCAUUCAUAUAGUUUUUUUUACAAUGGAUGGAAUCAUUAUUCAGACAUUUUUAGCGUGAACAGCCACCCUCAAGAAUUAGUGUCAGUUAUUAUAUCACUUGCACUUUGCUUUCCAAGACUUACUGCAAUAGUAGCCCUUAACUUGUUUUAUAAAAACACCAACUGCAUUUAAGAUUCACAUCCAAAGUCAGUGCAGCCUCAGUACAUCAGUGUACAAAGAUGUUCCAAGGCGGCAGCUUUUUUGGGGGGGAUAAUUUGUCAAUUAUUAAACCAACAGACGCCCACUUGAGAAUGUUUGCAACUAGAAGUUUUUAUUCAAAGUGAAUCGAGUCCGCUGUCCCAGCACUUACACCUUUGACCGUACAGUACGAGCAAAGUGUUUGGACACUUCCCGAGCCUUCAUUCAGGGUGCAAGGCGGUGGGUUCGCACAGGAGGGAGGGCGUGUUGUGUACGCAAGCGCGUGUCGGGGCUUCACAUUAGCAUGCAACAUCCGUCAAACAAUCGCAGUUCGGUGUCAAGUUAUCCCACCGAUGACCUUUGAACAGGGCAGGAUUUUGCCCCCACAGAGUGAGGUGGGAGCAGGUAGCCCCAAUGAGAUAUUCCCUGAGCGUGACACACGGCGUCCUCCCCGCGACGGCUCAACCCACCACGCCAUUCUCCACAUGGGAGUUGAGUUUCUCCUUCAGGUCUUUACAGGAUCAGGUGGCAGGUUCGAGCUCACAGCACAUGGCAGGGAUACGGUGUAAUUGUUUUUCUGUCCAUCUCCAUGUCCUCUAUUUUUCUCUUUUUAUUUUAUUAUUUUUUCAAUGUUAACGUACGCCAUCAAUAUAAACGUCAAUGUUAAUGUUAAGUCCACUGAUUCUCAUAAUCAGUAGACCAAAAAUUUAAUUCUGUGUCCGUGUCCUGUUGGAAUGUCUCACUCAGGCUCUACUGUAAGUGUUAAUAGCAAUUGUCUCGAUCCCAAUGUCUGUGAUUAUUUUGUCCCUGUGUCUCCAUGUUCUGAAUGCUUUCUUGCACUGGUAUUCAAUUUUUGCUUUAUUUAUGUUUCGAAACAGUUGCGUGCGCUUUGUUUCAAAGGAAAUUCACAUUUAGUUUAAUGUUUCCCACUCACAUGGGAUGUUGCUAAUUAAUGUUGUCAAAUGUUAGACUGAUAUAACUGGUGUCUGGGUCCAGACAUUGACAGCUGCUUUGCAUCGCCCGCCAUGACAAAGAUGGACUCUCCACCGACAGCACACUUUGUGUUGCAGAUCCAGUACUGUGGUUGCUGACUGUUGAGAAGUAUUGUAUUUAAAGCUUAAAGAUGAACCAUGUUCGAUCAUUUCCAUAAAAAUGCUAUACAGUAAGCGACCAUGUACAGAUACUUUUGUAUGGAGGGGUGUUUUUUUUUUCUUCUUUGUUAUUAAAGACUUGCAGUCC